UAUGGCCUACCUCAAAAUCCUCUGGGGAAUCCGGGUUCCGGAUCAGGGAUCGAAUACGUAUGGCUAAUAAUCCGGAUAUUCAUUGCUGAAAUGAUCGGCUCCGGUAUAGUAAACUUACCUGUAAUGCUUAUCAACACGACGACCAAAUAUGAACCCAUUAUGAUGGGAAUGGCGAUGGGUGGUGGAUUGUAUGUUGCUCAGUGGGUUACCUAUCCCACUAGCGGAGCACACGUCAAUCCAGCUAUUUCUCUUGCAUCAUUUCUGACCAGGCGAAUUGAAUUGAACCAUUUGGCCAUCUACUGGGCCGCUCAGCUCGCAGGUGUCAUAUUGAGUACUCUGCUUGGAUUAUACAUUUCUCCAUUUGCCAAGCAAGAUCGGUUUUGGGGGAUGACGUUUCCGCAACCAGAAGUCACUGAGCGGCAGACAGUUGUGAUGGAAAUCCUUAUUACAAGUGUUCUAAUUGUUGUUUACCUAGCGACGGUCGACGAAAAUCGACCUGCGAACUGGGUUCUCAGCACAGGAGUCGACUUGACACUACCCUUAAUGCUUACUUAUAUUGGCAAUAUUAUCAUUUCUGUAGGAACCUAUUUCAAGAGGCUGUAUGAAUCCAUUCCGCAGUCUUGGACCGGCAAUAAUUUACAACAACUUCAGAAACCAGUGGGUAAGCUCAUGAUUCCAUAUAUCAUCGGUCCAGCUGGAGGAGCACUGAUUGGUGUCUUUCUUCAUCAAGUCGUCUUGUCUUGCAGACCGAGCACAGACGGACUUGAUACCUGCAACCACUAUGGCGAAGAACUGCCAUAUUUCACAUUGAAGAAGAAGGGCACUGGCAUCAAGAGCCACCUUCACCUCCUCCUGCGAGUACUUCUCGCCGAACUAUUCGCCUCGGCAAUGUUCACUCUCCCGUGCUUUCUCGUCGACGAACGUAAUGUAUAUGCAGCAGUCUCUGAGGCUGUUGCGGUUGCCGGCUUACUUUACGGAGCCAUUUGGACAGUGUAUCCCAUAUCAGGCGCCCAUGUGAAUCCCAUCGUCACUCUCGCAAUCGGACUGACUCGGCGAAUUUCACCGAUCUACAUGCCCAUUUACUGGCUCGGACAGUUUCUGGGGGCUGCUUUCUCACUGUCUUUGACAUACUGCCUUUCACCGUUCGCCAAGUCCUGGCCCGACACUGGAUUGGCCUUUCCUAGGAACUCUACGUCAGAUGGACAGGCCUUCUGGGUGGAGUGUUUGAGCGCCUUUCUCAUUGUCACUAUCAUCCUCGCGGCCACGGACGAGAAGAGAGACAUUAUCUGGACGUCGGGUGAUGGGACCACCAUCGCCUUCGUUCAUAUGCUAAUUUAUCUUGUCAACAUCAUCGUAUUCGUGAGUGUUAGCAAAAACAUAACUGGAUCAACAAUGCAUCCAUUCAGAAGCCUUGUUGCAGCCGCUAUCAAGUGGAAUCUUCGUAAACAAUGGAUCUACCUAACUGGACCUGUGAUCGGUUGCUUGCUGGCAGUGGUCUUGUAUGAGGUCUUCUUGUGUGAGGACGCGUGCUGGGUGCGGACCAAGGCCUGGCUCACCGAUUUUAACUUUGAUAGGGGCCACAGUUACUCCAUCUCUGGAACGCCACCUGAAAAGGAAGCUCGACGUAAGUGCCCGUCUCGUACGUGCAGUUUUAUUUGUCCCCAACGCCCAAAGUUUACACAGUGCUGUGACAACCAGAGCUGCAUCUCUGGCAAGGCUGGCGAGACGUUCUACGUGUUGGGUGUUGACGACGACGGCCCCGGUUGGACUGCGGUUGUGAGCGCUGACGGCGCCCGACGAGGCUUCCUGCCCACCACUCACCUCAACAUCACAUUGUACUAG